GUGCUGUGAUCGCCCUGCUCCAUUCUCGGGUUCUUUAUCCUCAUCGGUAAGUACACACUCCUUUGGUCCCGCACUGCAGCACUAGGCAUCAUCAGCGGGCCCCCAGGCUGGUCAAGACACCAGCCACCACCCGUUCUUGACAGAUUGCACUCCGACCUCCACAAAGCCUGCACACCAUUGUCAGCAGCUGCAACACCCGUCUUUGCGCACCUUGGACGCUAUAUCGAGAGUAUUCGAGCUUCGCUGACGUUAUUAGCUACACAUUACGUAGCCCACACGACAGCUUUCGCACCCCCGAAAACACACCAUGGCCCCUCCACCACCGGCCUCUCUGCCUCUGGGCCAGCGCCUUGCAGCCCUCGCGCAGACACUGCAAUUUGCCUGGUUCACUGGCCAUGUUGCGCUGCUACUGACCACGCUUCGGUACAGCUUGUCGUACAUCACUUUCAACUACAACUCUAAAUGGGCGGCAUUCUCGUACCGCGUGGCCUUCCUUUCGGCCGCCGUCACAUACGGCAUUGUCGUCUACAAGGCAUAUCGCGCCCGCGUAAGGGCUGGAAAGCAGGGUGGUCUCCUUGCUCUGGCUGCCGAUGAGAAUGUUCAAUACCUAAUCAUGGCGAUCGUCUGGCUCUUCUCGCGCCAGAUCCCCCUCGCUGUGCUUCCCUUUGCCGUCUACUCGGUGUUCCACGUCGCUACCUACGUGCGCUCGAACUUGUUGCCCACCAUCCAGCCCCCGGCUGCUGCAACUCCUGCUGGCUCCAAGCCCCAAGGCUCAGCCGCCUCUGAGGCCAUUGGCAAGUUUGUCAAGGAAUAUUAUGAUGGCUCCAUGACCCUAGUGGCCCUGCUCGAAAUCGCUCUCUGGUUCCGCGUCGUCGGCUCUGCGCUCCUCUUCCAAAAGGGCUCGUGGAUCCUGCUCGUUGUCUACACCGUCUUCUUCCGCGCCCGCUAUGCUCAGAGCAGCUUCGUCCAAGAGGCUAUUAACCAGGUCACGUCCCGCAUUGAUGCUCAGCUUGCUAACCAGAGCACUCCCCCCGUCGCCCGUCAGGCUUGGGGCACCUUCAAGGGCAUCAUUCGCCAGGCUGCUGAUGCGACCGACAUCCGCAGGUACGUUGGUGGCCAGCCAGGUGCUGCCCCCAAGAAGGCGCAGUAAGCGUCUGGCUGAACGUACGCCGAGGGCCUCUCUCCAAUGGCUCGCGACAAUACACGCCUUGGAGACGCCGUGGUAUGAAUCUUGACGAUGUUACGGCAGUCAUGAGAGCAGAUUAGAAUUCUGGUCGGUUAUGGGAACAUCAAUUGGAAAAGCGUUACACUAUCGGUAUUUGAUCGUCGUAAACGAUACCCCGAAUAUGAAAGGCGGGUUUGAGACUGGUGAAGUGGGGUACGUAGUAAGGAAACAACGAAAGGAACGAAAUGGUGCCGAUGUCGGAUCGGCUGGUAGUGGG